CUAUAUGUCGAUGGUCCUAAAUCUCUCUUAUGCAGGGUUUAUAAUGGCAGUAAUAGUAAGGUUAUCAGUCAAAAUUGACCAAUUAUAGUUGAUUGCGAGAAGAAUAAUCAAAUAUAAUUGGUCAAUUCUUGUGGUUUGCGGCUUACAACCUUACAAUUCAUGUCCAGCAUAACCUCCCGGCAUUAUAAUCUAUGGAGUCGGUGUCAAAAUUUGACUGUCAAAAAGUGUUAAAACGCUCGGUAUACAAUACCACUUGUAUCUUAUAAUACAGUCUCUGAUUAGAAAACAGUACGAUGGAGGAAAAAGUGGACCGUCUCGAGAAUGUUGGUGUCAGCGAUGUUGACGUGGAGUCAAAGGCGAUGUUAAAGAGAGAACUGCAAAUGAAAUCGGAAGCGCUCGUGUUAUUGAGCCGAAAGUUGGAUCAGUGUAGGACACAGCGUGACCAGUUCAAACUAAUGGCCGAGCAAAUUCAGGAAAGAUUUCUGCAUUUGAAGAAGCAAAUGUGUGAUAUGAAAGAACUGAAUGGUUUGGACAACGACUUUAGAACCUUGGAUCUUUUAAUGGAAGCACAAGAGCAAAACAAGUGUCUCAGGCUACAGGUUGAGGCAUUGAGGCAGAAGCUGGCAGAUGCCGAAGGUGACAUCAAGGUGUUACGUACAAAUAACAAUCGUAUACCAGUUGAACAGCAAGAGACUCAGUUGGCACCUGUUAUGCAUCAGAGAGAAGAAAUGAUAGAACAGUUAGAGAAGUUAAAUUUAAAGUGUUCACAGUUGCAAACGGAUCUACAAACAGUAUUGGAUGAGAAACAUGAACUUGAAAUGGAAAGGGAUGCUUUUAAAUGUAAGGCACAUCGUUUGAAUCACGAACUGUCCAAGGCUCUGAACGCUACCAAACCAGUUGAUUUGGAUGCUCUUAUCAAUGAAAAUAGAUAUCUGCAAGAAAGACUGCAGCAAUUACUUGAGGAAAAGGAACUCGCACGUCAAUCUCUGUCAAAGUAUAAGAGCAUGUUGGAUAGUAAAAGGGUCAAAGGAGCUAUCAAGUUGGGAGCAAACUCUGCAGCUGGGACAGUGAUGACUCACAAACAAGUUGAACAACUUCUUCAAGAAAGUUCUUAUAUACCGCCUCAAAAAUCCGCUGCCGCCAUUACCGAUCUGCGUUGCCUUUGCACUGCCUUGCUGGAGGCUUUAAAUGAUAAAACUUUAGCUCUGGCGCAUCAAAGGAAAGCGAACAAGAUAUUGGCAUUGAGAAUCUGUGAAUUGGACAAUGCUGUACAAUCACCAACCACGAGGCUCUUGGAGGGAUACACGAGCGCCAAUGUUGAUUUGAGAUGUGAUAGUGACUUCAACGGUUUAGAUCAUAUAGCUAGCGAUCAUGUAGAUAACAUCGAGGAGAAUAAUAUCGUAACGAAUGAGAACAAUAUACAAUGUAGCUCUUCACCGGAAAGUCAAGUUAUGCAACAAUUACAGUCAAUACAAAUGAGUCUUCCAAAGAACUUAGGAGUAUUGGUCCAAAAGGCAUUAAAUAAUUUGAAGGACAAUGAUAAACAGAAUAUAUGAA